CAGUCCUGACAGCUAGCUACACGGCUAACUAGCUAGCUUCAGCUACAGUUGGCACCAGUUAGUGGUUACUCUGGUGAUAUGAGCUGAAUCAUCAUGAGGCGGCGCUCGCAACAACAGUCACCUCCAUCAGAGAACUGAUCAUGAACAAACUAUAUGUCGGGAAUUUAAGUCCUUCGGUCACUGUCGAGGACUUGAAGCAGCUCUUUGGGGAGAGGAAGCUGCCAGUGGCCGACCAGGUCCUACUGAAAUCCGGCUAUGCUUUUGUGGACUUCCCCGAUCAGAACUCGGCCAUAAAGGCUAUAGAGACUCUUUCUGGUAAAGUUGAAUUACACGGAAAAGUGAUAGAGGUAGACUACUCUGUUCCCAAAAAACUAAGGAGUCGGAAGAUCCAGAUCCGGAACAUUCCCCCUCAUCUACAGUGGGAGGAUUUGGAUGGCCUUCUAGCUCAGUAUGGUACUGUAGAAAACGUGGAACAAGUGAACACUGAUACAGAAACAGCAGUGGUGAAUGUUACGUACGCAACCAAGGAAGAAACUAAAGUAGCCAUUGAGAAGUUAACAGGACACCAGUUUGAGGACUACUCUUUCAAGGUGUCAUAUAUUGUGGACAUGGAUGCUGCUCCGCCUGACCAGGCUCCUCGCACGCGGCGUGGAGGUCGGUCGUCCCGGGACCAGGGCGGCUCUCAGCCCGGCACCUCGGGGGACUUUGGCGCUCCACACCCAAGACAACUCGACCUACCCAUGCGCAUACUCGUGCCUAACCAGAUGGUCGGGGCCAUCAUCGGCAAGGGCGGCCAGACCAUCAAGGAUGUCACCAAACAGACACACUCGAAGGUGGACAUUCAUCGGAAGGAAAAUGCCGGCGCAGCAGAAAAGCCCAUCACCAUCCACUCGACUCCAGAGGGCUGCUCCUCCGCCUGUCGAAUGAUCCUGGACAUCAUGCAGAAGGAAGCCUGCGAGACCAAGACGACGGAGGAAAUAGCCCUGAAAAUCCUCGCCCACAACAGCCUCGUGGGCCGGCUGAUUGGUAAGGAGGGCCGCAACCUGAAGAAGAUCGAGGAGGAGACAGGGACCAAGAUUACCAUCUCCUCGUUACAUGACUUAACCUACAACUUUGAGAGGACCAUCACGGUGAAGGGCAGCUUGGAGGCGCUUGGCAAAGCCCAGGUCGAGAUCAUGGGGAAGCUGAGGGAAGCCUACGAGAAUGACAUUGCUGCUAUAAACCAACAGGCUAACCUGAUCCCAGGCUUGAACCUGAACGCUCUGGGCAUCUUCUCCUCGGGUUUGCCGGUGCUGCCCCCUGCUGCUGGACCACGCGGUGCAGUGCCCCAUGUUGCACCAGCAGGAUACAACCCAUUCUUAAGUCACUCUUCACAUCUCAGUGGCCUGUACGGGGUUCCUCCAGCAAGUGCCAUCACCCACCAGCACUCACAACAGGCUCAAGAGCAGGAGGUUGUCUACCUCUUUAUUCCAACUCAGGCAGUCGGGGCCCUGAUCGGCAAGAAGGGCCAGCACAUCAAACAACUCGCCCACUUCGCCGGAGCUUCCAUCAAGAUUGCCCCAGCUGAGAGCCCAGAGUGUCCUAUGAGGAUGGUUAUCAUUACUGGACCCCCAGAGGCUCAGUUUAAGGCUCAAGGUCGGAUAUUUGGGAAGCUGAAAGAGGAGAACUUCUUCACGGCGAAGGAGGAGGUCAAACUGGAGACGCACAUCAAGGUUCCCUCCACCGCAGCUGGCAGAGUCAUCGGUAAAGGCGGCAAGACGGUAAACGAGCUGCAGAACCUGACGAGUGCUGAGGUCAUCGUACCGCGGGACCAAACUCCAGACGAGAACGACGAGGUCUUUGUGAAAAUCAAUGGACAUUUCUUUGCCAGCCAGACUGCACAGAGGAAGAUCCGGGAGAUCAUUCAGCAGGUCAAACAGCAGGAACAGAAGCACCAGCAGGGCGCUGCCGUGUCACCGCACCACUCCAAGUGACCAGCGGGGUGGCUCCAGCGGGCGCCAGCCAAUGAAUGUAGCCCUCCCAAAUGGACAGAGACCUACCCAGACAAAGGCCAAGGCCAAGGGGGACAUGCAGGGCAGACCAGCAGCACCGAACAAAACCAAAGAACUUCACUAGGGGGGAAACAAGUGAGAGCCAAAGGCUGAGGGCAUUGUGUGCACUGCCAGCCCUGUGAGAGCAGAUAGAGUGGGAGAAACUGUACUGAUAUAACAUAACAAAAAAGACCAAAAAAAAUCUAAAAGAAAGGUGGAAACUGUUGUCUACACAGUUAAAAACAGGAAAUAGUAUGUCGCCCUGCAUAAUGUUAUCUCUUAAGUUGGACUAACAUAGGCCUAACAGAUGGAUAAAGCAACUGUAUUAACACGAGAGUAUACGAUUGAUAUUUUGGGUUAGAGUGAGAGCGAGUUGACAAUGGACUCCUUCUCUCACGAGAGUUUGAGAUGAUAUCAGAUUGCAAGAUUAAAUAUCCUUAGCAGUAUUAAUACAGAGUAGAAAAGUAUCGACACACACAUAGAGUACGCUCUGUUGUUUUUCUAUCACAAACGACAGUCGGACUCGGUGUGUUUUAUGAAUAUCUUGCUUGUUCCAGAGAUUGAUCGGGCUGUGACAGCCACAUCUGGCGGUUUCCUUUUGUUUGUUCACAUUAUAGGCCACUGAAAUCAAAAAAAAAAAAAGAAAGAAAGAAAACCCCUAUAACUACAGUAA